AUGCACCCGACAGGCCUGGCGGCGGCGUCCGCAAAAACGGCCCGGCAGCGUAAGUGGCCCUCAAAGCGGAGGAUUCCCAUGUCCCAGCCGGGCAUGGCUGACCCUCACCAGCUUUUCGAUGACACGAGUUCAGCCCAGAGUCGGGGCUAUGGGGCCCCGAGGGCAUCCAGCAGCCUGGGCUACCCUGCCACCUCCACCUCACCUCAGGAGGCCUUCCUGGCCGAUCCCAUGUCCAACAUGGCCAUGGCCUAUGGGAGCAGCCUGGCUGCCCAGGGCAAGGAACUAGUAGACAAGAACAUCGACCGCUUCUUCUCCAUCAGCAAGCUCAAAUAUUACUUUGCUGUGGACACUGUGUACGUGGGCAAAAAGCUAGGCCUGCUGGUCUUCCCCUACCUGCACCAGGACUGGGAGGUGCAGUACCAGCAGGACACACCUGUGGCCCCCCGCUUUGAUGUCAAUGCUCCUGACCUCUACAUUCCAGCUAUGGCUUUCAUCACCUACAUCUUGGUGGCUGGUCUUGCGCUUGGGACCCAGGACAGGUUCUCCCCUGACCUCCUUGGGCUGCAGGCGAGCUCAGCACUGGCCUGGCUGACACUGGAGGUGCUGGCCAUCCUGCUCAUCCUCUACCUGGUCACCAUUAACACUGACCUCACCACCAUUGACCUGGUGGCCUUCUUGGGCUACAAAUAUGUUGGGAUGAUCGGUGGAGUCCUCAUGGGCCUGCUGUUUGGGAAGAUUGGCUACUACCUGGUGCUGGGCUGGUGCUGCGUGUCCAUCUUUGUGUUCAUGAUCCGGACUCUGCGUCUCAAGAUCCUGGCCGAGGCGGCGGCCGAGGGUGUCCCAGUGCGCGGGGCACGGAACCAGCUGCGCAUGUACCUGACCAUGGCCGUGGCCGCGGCGCAGCCCCUGCUCAUGUACUGGCUCACCUUCCACCUGGUGCGGUGA